AUGGUCCCUAUUGUUAGUCAACAUACUCAAGCAUUAUUUGAGACAAAUGACGGCACAAAGCCUGAGACUAUAUCAGUUAUGGUCACAAACGCAUCAACAAUAGAAGAGCAGCUAGAAGAAAUGAAGAGAAUGCUAGCUGAAAAAGAUGCUCAAAUAGCAGCACUGACUUCUCAAUUAGCUGCUAUGGCCAACAUAAGCGAUCAUAAAAGUGAUGAAAAGAGUGAUCAUGAAAAGGGUGAUCGUGAAAAGAACAUCAGAGGACAUGGAAUCCGUGAAGUAUACACAUCCUCAAAUCCACAGUUCUCUGGGUACUUGAAACCCUACCCUGCUCAUUAUGAUGCAUUACCAUUCCCCAAGGGCUAUCAGAAGCCAACUUUUGACAAGUUCGAUGGAGUAGAUGGCUCUCCGCAUGAACAUUUGGCUCAUUUCUUCUCAGCAUGCGGGGAAACAUCGCAGUUAGAUGCACUGUUGGUAAGGCAAUUUGUUCAGUCUCUAAAAGGAGCAGCUUUUACUUGGUAUAGUCAAUUACAACCAGGUUCUAUCCUCACAUGGGACGAUAUGCAAAGAGCAUUUCUGGCACAAUUUGUCAGCUCCAAAAACAAAGUCUCGAUUAUCGACUUGGCUGACACUAAACAGGAAUCUGAUGAAAGCACCAAUGAAUUCAUAUCCAGAUGGAGGAGCUUAAACCUUCAAUGCUCGGAAAAAUUAACGGAGCUUUCGGCUGUACAAAUGUGCUCAAACAAUCUCUUGCCACAUAUAGCAACUUUUGUCAGCACCGCAGAACCUCAAACAUUCGAAGCGCUAGUCUCAAAAGCUAGCAAUGUCGAAAGACAAGUUGCCCGUAAGAAGAUUAUGACACAGAGGGCAUCCUUUAAAGACCAUAGAGUCGACAAUACAGAUGAGUCACUGGCAACCUUUGUUGAAACUGACACCAAGUCGAACAAAUGCAAAGGAAAAGAAGGGUCUAGAAAGUUCACUCUCAAAGAAAGGAAAGAAGUCAAAUACUCUUUCGAUGAUGAUGAUGUCGAACAAAUUUUCAGUGAGCUCAACAAAGCACGAGUUAUCGAGCCUCCUGAACCAAAACGACAGAGCGAAGUCAACAAGACCAACGACCCCAGAUAUUGCCAGUACCAUCGAAUUGUUAGUCAUCCAACGAAGGAUUGCUUCGUUUGA